AUGGGCGCUUCGUUGUCUCGAUGCUUGUGUCUUGGUGUGGGGGUGGCGUACCCCGCGUAUGCGAGCUUUAAGGCGCUGGAACGGCCUGAGAGUGGCCACGGCGAGAAGCAGUGGCUCACCUACUGGGUCGUCUACGGCGCUUCAACGUCCGUGGAGUCGGUGGCGUCGCCGCUCCUGUGCCUCGUGCCCGGAUACAACAUCACCAAGACGCUCUUUCUUAUCUGGAUGAUGUCGCCGCAGACAAAGGGAGCAACGAUCGUGUACGACAAGCUGGUGUGCCCGUUCCUGAAAGAGAAGGAGCCGAUUGUGGAUCGCAAGUUGCAGGAGGCACAGGAAGCUGCCGAAAGUGCGCUGUCUUCCUUCGUGAGAGCGUGGGGGCAGACCAUUGCUGACCAAGUUGUGGCGAUCCAGAAGAGCGACGAGUUCAAGCAGAUAUGCUUGGCAAUUAAGGCGCUGGCGUCUCCCGAGCCCAAGAAGAGGAGGAAGAAGUGUACCGGUAAUAAGAGCAAGCAGUCGUCGAGUGAAGAAUGAAUGAAAUAAUACAUGAUGCAUGUGCAUGAGUAUGCUACUGCGUAGUAGUAUUACGCAUCGACGGGCUUCAAACACCCGCCAGAACAGGGCAAGCCCCAUACCAACAGAUCGACAUCGUUCGGUGCCAUCUUCCUUUC